AGAGCAACCCUGGAGCCAGUAAGGAGGAAGGUGGUUUUCAGGCCAUCCAAGAUCCAGGAGGCAACUCCAGCCCUAACCCUUUCUAAUGACAAUUUCCAGUAACCCCACUCUGGAAGUAAGAGUUUGCCAGAUGAUUUUAUAUUUAUAUACUAAAAACAUUUUGACAAAGCCAGUGAUUCAGAGUCUUUUUCAACCAACCAAUCCUCUCCAGGUGAUCAAUGCUUUUCCCUUUAUGCUGGAAGGAAAUGAAGAGUUCUGAGGAGCCAGAAGGACUCUUUGCUGUCAGCCUGGGGUGAAAUCCUAUGUCGGCUACAAUACCACAUUUCCAGUGGGAUCAGCCCGGGCCUGAGUCUACAUGUAAUUCACCUUCCAAGGGUUUUGAUAAGAAGAAACUGCCCUGAAGCUGAUUGAGAGAGAAGACCAAGAACUGUAGAAAUGUGUAUUUGCACCUCCAUCUUCAGCAUAUUUCCAAGAAUCUUCCUGGUCUUCUCAAGUGCUGAAGGGAGAAAUGGGAGACCUCUGAGAUGAUGGCAGUCUGCAGUAAAGACACUGAUCAAUCAUCAGCCUCAAAUAGCUAUCAUGCUCCCAAGAUAUGCUGCAACGCUGAAUACGUGCUGUGCAGGGAAGAGGAGGAAGAAGUCAACCUUCAGAAGUCAGGGCUGACACUGUUGCUGAAAUGCUGCAUAAGAAUUGGGGAUUUUUGUGAGCAUGACGACAAUGACUAUGUUGAAGAAGACUGGACUUACUACACAGUCGUGGUUUACUCCAAUGGAAAGGACCAGACAAGCCCUCCUGAAUACUUGUCCAACUCACCAGAUCACCAUCACCAUCACCACAUCACGGACCACCGUCAUCACCACUGUCAUAAGCAGCAGAAUUAAGUUGGUGAUCUUGCUCAAGGUUCAUCCUUGAAAUAUUAAAAUCUGUUAACAACAAGAUCGUGCCAAAAGGCAAAGAAAAAGCUUCAGUCCCAGAGAUGAUCAGCCCCUCUGAGCAUCAGAAACUGGAUGUGACUAUAUCCUUGUACCUUUCCCCAGGACAUAGCCCAGUGCCCUACACAAGGACAGGCAACAAAAGAAAUUCAUGUAUAGCCAAAAACGUUCAUUGGCAAAGAUGAUUAGCAAGAUUUCUUCACUGCUUGUCCUUCCUCUAAUGGUUUUGGUGGGGGACAUAUCCUUUGUUGUUUCACUAACUGAUCCAGAUCGUGAUUGGAUUAUUGACGACUACCAGUACAGUGAUGAAUAUUAUGAUCUGGAAGCAACUACUGCAGUUGUCACUGAAGACUCAGAUUAUUUCAACUGGGCAUUUGAGUACUCCAUGGAAGAGGAUCCAUGUUCAUCCAAUCCCUGUCAGAACGGAGGGGAUUGUGUUGUGAGCGGUCUUUCCUUUAAGUGUAGCUGUCCAGCACCUUUCACUGGAACCAGGUGUCAGAGAGUGAAAAACAAGUGCAUAAAGAAUGUGUGCGGUAGAGGGGAAUGCCUUAUCACGAGAACUGAGCCCUUUUAUCAGUGUGCUUGUAAGCACCCCUACACUGGUCCGGCCUGCAUCAAAGCAAUUCCAGCCUGUAGACCAAAUCCUUGCCAAAAUGGAGGUGUCUGCUCCCGGCACAGAAGGAGGUCCAAGUUUACCUGUGAUUGCCCACUUGGAUUUUCAGGGAAAAUCUGUGAAAUAGGUCCCCAAGACUGUUAUGUAGGAGAUGGCCACAAAUACAGAGGGAAUGUGAGUAAGACUGUCAACCAGCACGUCUGUCUUCACUGGAACUCUCACCUCCUCUUGCAGGAGAAUUACAAUAUGUUUAUGGAAGACGCAGAAGAAUAUGGCAUUGGGGAACAUAAUUUCUGCAGGAAUCCAGAUGGUGACUCACAACCCUGGUGCUUCAUUAAGGCAAACAGUAACAGAGUGAAAUGGGAGUACUGUGAAGUCACCCAAUGCUCAUCCUCAGAAGCCCUAGUGCCCAAAGAGACCCUCAUCUUGUCUCAACCCCUAGUGGAUGUGUUCAGCACAUGUGGCAAGCCAGAGACCAGCCAAAUAGUCAAAAGAAUAUAUGGAGGAUUCAAGACUACGCCUGGCAAGCACCCUUGGCAAGCAUCUCUCCAGAGCACACUUCCUCUGACUGUCUCCAUGCCUAAAGGGCAUUUCUGUGGUGGCACCUUGAUCCAGUCCUGCUGGGUUCUGACCGCUGGACACUGUACUGAGAUCAGACCCAAAAACCUACAGGUUGUGCUAGGGGACCAGGACCUGCUCAAGAAAGAAUUCCAUGAACAAAGGUUUGAUGUGGAGAAGAUAAUUAAAUACCAAAAUUAUCAUGAAAAAAAUGGCAUACCCUAUAAUGAUAUAGCUCUGGUGAAACUAAAGCCAGUAGAUGGUCACUGUGCUCAGGAAACUAAUUAUGUGAAGAUUGCAUGUUUGCCUGACUCUCCAUUUCCUGUUGGAACUGAAUGUCACAUCUCUGGUUGGGGAGAAACAGAAACAGGAGAAGGCUCUCGCCAGCUACUGGAUGCUAAAGUCAAAUUGGUCUCCCAUUCCCAGUGUAACUCUCAGCGGUCCUAUGAUAGUUUGGUUGAUGACAGCAUGCUCUGUGCAGGCAAUGUAAAGAAGCCAAAAGCUGACACAUGCCAGGGAGAUUCUGGAGGUCCUUUAACCUGUGAAAAAAAUGGGACCUUCUUCGUUUCUGGAAUUGUGAGCUGGGGGGAUGAAUGUGGAAAGAAAUACAAGCCCGGAGUCUAUACUGAAGUGACCAAAUACCUCAACUGGAUCAAAGCCACCAUUCAAGGAAAUUCUGGCCCAUGGUUGUGAGAUGGUUUCAAGUUGUGAAAAGUACCCUGACAAAUGAGCUCCUUUAAUCCCCUGUUCCUCAUCAACUUUAUUGGUAGGGAUUCAGAUCUCCCAAGAAAUGGCCCCCACCAGCAAGACUGAUGGAGGGCUAGAACAGAGAUAGCUGCUCCCUGUUAAAUGUGUCCCACUGCACCAUGAACUCCCUUCUUCCUCAUUCAGCAGCUUCAAAACUUCCUUCAGUGAUCUUCCCUAGAGCCUCCAUUUUAUAUAGGAAUCAAGUGGAAGACCAGGAAUACAUUUGGCAAGUUUGCCAGCUGACACAAAUGAUGUUAUAUUCUUCAUCAAGAAGUUAUACCCAAAUUUCGCCAUGGGACUCAAUAGAACAACAAUUAUUUGGAUUGUCUUUGAAAGGUUUAAUUACACACCAGGUAUGUGCUGGGCACUAUACAGUUCACAGAUAAGAAACCUAGAUAUUAAAAUACUGAAUCAAAAAUAAAAACAUCUGUAGUCAUUUA